CUCACUUCUUCGUGCGCGUCUCUCGAGUUUCACCGGUCAAGCUCCCUCUCUCUAGCCUUCCAGCCCUCCGAACCAAGUAAGCUUCUUUCUUUCUUCCUUAGUUUUUCCUUUCUUCUCUGCCUUUCUCACCGAUCAAUGUCUUCCCCGGAUAGCCAAGAUAUUUCUGCCUCGGAUGCCCGCGCAUCCGAGGAAUCCCUUUCCUCUUCUUAUUCGACCGGGUCAUCUUCUCCCAUCCCUAAGCCCCGAUCGAAUCCCAACUCUAGCAUCCCUGAGCCGCAGCCGUUAAACCAGAUGCCCGGUCACCUUUUUGCAGAGAGGGAGGAGCCGGUCAAUGACGAACCGCCCCCCUACGACCCGGAAAAAGAGACCCGGGACCAGUGGGUGGAGAGGUUAGAUGCAGCCGGUUACUCUCCCCUCCCCACCUCCUUCGUUACAGACAUAUACCCCCAUGUUUCUAAGAUAGCCUUGAAUAAAGCCCGUAGGAACCUCCCGGUGGGCUAUGUCCUCGAAUUCGACGAGAGCUGGCCCAACAUCAUCGAACCUCACCGGGAGGAUAGGAUAGGUUUUCAUAUCGCUUCCUUAGAGAGCGGUAUCGUUUUUCCCCUCCGCCCCCUCUUGGUUGAGUUGUGUCACUGCUUCGGGAUCCUUCCCGGACAGAUAACACCCAAUGCUCACCGGUUGCUUAACGCCUUUGCCAACAUCUGCACAUCUCUCCACAUCGACCCCUCCCUUUGCCUCUUCCUUUAUAUGUUUGAGGUUCGUCCCGGCAAACCGGGUUGCGAAGGUUUUGUCUAUUUUAAGGGACGAAACAAUCGUAAGUUUAUCUCUGACCUUCCACAAAGCAACCGGUUGUGGAAGGAAAAAUUCGUCUUCAUAAGAUUUCCCCCGUCCGUCACUCCUUUGGCCGGCUUGAAGUGGAGUGACCAUCUCCUCAAGCACCAGUUCACCGAACCGCCGGCCACCCCGGAUCUGGAAGAGAGCCGGGAGCAGCUUCUCAAAGGGGACCCCAACACCGGUCAGAUGUACCAUUACGGGGGUUGGGUCUGGCGCGUCCAACCGGGUGACGAGGGUUCCUCCCGGGCCCAUGAAGCAGCGGGGCGCGGGGGACCCUCCCCGGGCAACACUGCGGAGGCUGGAGACCCAAGUCACCCAGGUAUCCACUUAUUUCCUUCUUUGCUUUCUUUCCCGAUUAAACCGGUCAUAGCCUGAAUACUUAUAGUUUUUUUUGCUUGUUUUGUAGACAUGAAUUUCAGAG